AGCAAGCGGCGCUUGAAAAUUAUUUAGCUACACACACAAGUCAUGGCUUUAAUCUACUACGAUAAGAGCAUUAGCACGGCCUACGAGCUUGUUCUGGCCGGACUACGCGAGGCCUCGGCCAAGGCGCUUAGCAUCGAGGAACUAGGCGUCUAUGUCACCAACCGAACACAGUUUCCAGCCAGCGUCUGCCAGCGGAUUAUACAAGAGGCGCUAGACGAGGGCUUAGCCUGCAAAACCAUUGGCCAGUUGCAUAACCAGCAGCUCUACUAUGCAGUAGCGCAGCCUGCUGGCCAAGCGAAGCGCAAGAAGCCAAACCGUAAGCAGCAAGUGACAGCGCAACAAGCUGCUGAGCUUGCCAAGUGCCUGGCUGAAGUUGAAGUUCAGGUUGCAGCUGAGUCGUAAUUAAUUCAUAAUUCUGAAGUGUAGCGACGAGUGCAGCGCAAACACUUUAUAAAAAUUAAAAUUUAUCUAGAAUGCCGCGGCAAGCCUCAACAUUGCCCGCAAAAUUAUAAUAAUAAAAAAGUAAAGU